AUGUCAGCUGUCCAACCAAUUUCCAAUCUUGCAAAUCCACACCCGACAGCGACAGCCCUGCCGUAUCCUCCUCCCCCCAAGCCAGAAUCGACCGAAUCUGAUAUCGACCCGCCAUCCGGAAAACCCUCCAAAAGGAUUGUCAUCAUUUUGCAGCCCCGGCCCAUUUAUCCUCCUCCCAAGCCAGAAUCUACCUGA